AUGCUGGUCGAAGAUGACGUCCCACCGGUCCGCGCGGUCCAUGGCGCACACGACACCGUCUCGGAGACGACGUCGGAGGACUUGGACUUCUGCGAGUAUAUGGAUGUCACGGAGGCUGAACUGGAGAUGCGAUGCCCCAUUUGUUUGGAGGUGCGGACUGGCACCGCCGGGGACUUCGAUUUCAAGCAGCGAUGGAUCGUCCUGCAGUGCUGCGAGGACGCCGUGUGCCGGCAAUGUCUUCGACAACAUCUGCAAAGCAAUGGGAACAGUUGUCCCUUGAAUGCCUCACAUCGAUUGCAGGAUAUGGACGUCAUCGCCGGCUGCCAGAGUCCGGAGGAAUGGCUGAAGCUGGAGCAACGGAGGAGGUUCCUGGAGGCCGGCGCCCGAGGCUUUUGCUGUAGUUCCCCGAGUUGUGCAGGGCUUUUGCCCCCCACGCCGGCCGCUGCGCCGUGGGAGCGACAGCCCUUCCCGACGCCGUGCCCAGGCUGCUACAAGGCGCAUUGUGGCAGGUGUGGCACUCCCUGGCCGUCGCACGACCUGAUGGAACGGCAUCUUUGCGAGGAUUUGAGGCAUGUGCCCUCGCGAGAACGGGGCCGUGUUGCAGGCGAGAGAGUGGCACAGCCCUUGGUCGACGCGGUGAGCGCCACCGUGACCAACAACGGACACUUCAACUGGGUGUCCACCACUGUACAGACCUUGGUGGCAGAUGCGGCACGGGAACGUUUAGACGGUGUGGGUUUGAAUGCCUUGGAGACGGAAGUGUUGAUGCACGGCUUACCGACUCCAUGGCCCAAUCCCACGACGUCCCCGGAGCUGCGGCUUUUCCAUUGGCUUCAAGAGCAUCGUCAAGGCCUCGGCGACGGCCUCGGAGCCCGUCCCGCAGGCGGUGCCGCCGAGGAAGAUGAUGAGUUGCAGCGUUUCUGGAACUUUCAUCAGGAACGGAUGCUGCGAAGGAGGCGGCACACCCCCACCAUGCAAGCGUUAGAGUCUCAGAAUGCUCAGCGUUUCCAGACUGGGAGGGGACCUGUGAAGAACUGCCCGCGAUGUCAGCAUCCCACUGAACGGGUGGAUGGAUGCAACAUCAUGAAGUGCACGCUGUGCCACGUCGAUUGGUGCUUCGUCUGCGGAGCGGCCCAAGCGGAGUCCGUGGGCCCCGGUGGUGGGGACGGCGGCGGCGGCGGAUGGCGGGAUGCAGAUAGGUUGGUACAGCUGUAA